UCAUACCGGUAUAUCAACCUGCAUCUUUCUGUUAUAACGGAUUAGCGUAUAGGAUGAGCCCUAAAAUAAGGGGCAGUUAUUUGAAGAAACGGGACUAAAAUGCAGUGAACGAUAUUAUAGGCGCCUGCUGAGAAACCCUCGACCGAUGCUGCUUAAUGUAACUACCAACAAUUUGGAAGCAAAUGACGGAAGACAUUCGCCUCCGUCAUCAAGCCCGGAGAACGAAGAGAGCGCCUCGACAGCGCCACUUCGCGGCCGCUCUGAGGAACUUAAGGAAAAAGGAAGAAGGAAAAAGCCCGCGCUUGUCGCGCUUCGCUGACGUCAUCGAGAGACGCGGUUGCCAGGGCAGCCAACGCCGAGGAAGAUGAUGGAGGAGAGCGAGGAAGAGCGGCAGCGACUGAUGCUGAGGAGGAGAGUGGUGACGCUUCAGGCUCAUGUCAGGGGUUACCUGGUCAGGAAGAGAUUUCAAAGCUUAAAGGGGGAAUAUGAGAGCAUCGUCAAGGAGAUUGAAGGGGCUCUGGAUUGGCUGAAGUGGGACAGUCAUUCCAUGCCUGUGCCGGUGUUUCUUCCAAAGUCUGUCCAGAAACCAAUAAAAGCCAAGGAAUUAAGUGUCCAAGACCCAGAGGCCAACAAGAACAAGUUGCAUGAAAAGGAGGCAGCGCUUUGUCAUCAAGAAGAGCUACUCUCCAAAAAAGACCUUGAUUGCAAGAUGCAAUCACCAGCUGAAGUGGUGGCAGAAACUGAGGCUGAGGAACAUCUUGUGGGCAGGCCCCCUGGGAAUGCUUGCAGCUUGCCAGGAGAGAGUGAGGAAGGCAUGCACCACAGUAGCAUGUCGUCCGAAUGGAGCAGCAUGAUCCUCAACAUGGAGUCUCCGAGGAUGAGCCAAGAGCUUCAUUUCCAAAGAGUACCAGAGAUGCCCCAAGCUGUGCCUGACCUCCAGUGCUACCGAAAGCACCUGGCCAUGGAGCUGCUGUGGCUGCAACAAGCGAUUGCCAGCCGUAAGAACUAUUUGAUCCUGAAACAGAAGUUGGGGAGCCCAGAGUGACUGCCGACUUGGAGGUCUCCAGCCUAUGUUCCCAGUCAAACAGAAACAGAUGUAACUGCUCUUACCAGCCAUCAGGGGGAAGAAAGCAUUGGGGGAGCAGCUCCCACCAUGACUACAGGGAAAGGCUUGUAGUUCCCUGGAGUUGGCUACUCCACAUGCCCCCAGCUUUGAUGUUUGUGAAAGCAACAGUGAAGAUCCUCUUCCGAUUUAUCUGUUGUGAGUGAGGCUCAGAGCCCAUUUCUACAGACUGAUAGCUGGUCUACCUUGGAUGAAAUAUGAACUUUACAUGAGCUAUUAGCACGCUUUAUGGUCUCUGUAUUGGCUUGUUCUGCAGUCUGUUGGUUGUUGACCUUGGCUGCAUGUGGAUGAUUUGACAGAAGGAGGUAAGUCCCAAAUUGGAGGCAGAGCUUUGUGGCUUCAUAGAGUUCAGCUCCCGUAACUGUACUCCAGAGCUUACAAAUAUUACUGUGAAGUGACAGACAUGGCUCUUAACCUUUGUAGAACAGGCUGCAUUCAAGCCACACAGUGUUUAGAUGUGCAUCAGCACACCCACAACCACAUCUCCAUCCUCCAUGGACAAUUUCUAAAAAGAGUUAAAUGCACACCUGUGACAGAGGGUGUAGUGCAGAGACUUUUAAGGGAAGAUGGAUGAAGAAAAAGCUGAUACUGUGGAGAACACACAAGAGGAUAACAACUGGGUGGCAUCAUCAUGGAGGUGUCCCAUAAUAAAUGAGGGAACAAUGUGUUAUCUCUUCUAAAUGUGCAAAACAAGUGCUGUUGGACUCUAGGGGAACUGCAAGUGUCUAGCGUAGACAACUCCUGAAUGUCUCUAUUCCAUUACUUACUUUGUUGUCCUUGUUCUCAUGUUGCACUAGGCCAAACCAUGGCUUACUGAGACCAAAGAAGAACUCAAGUCCACUAUGGUCUCCCUGCUACUUGCCUUACUCCUACUUUUGAUGAGAUGCUCUUUAGAAGGUGCCCCAUGCAAACAGGACCUCUCUGCAGCUAGAAACUUGGAUUUUCAAAGGGAUAAAAUGGCUAUCAAGAGCACUGGCCAGGCACCCAAUAUCCUGGUCCCAGGCUUCUUUGGGGAGAGGAGAGAUACAGCCGUGACUACUUGAAACUAAACAAGCACAUGCACAAGCCUGGCUAAGAACCAGUUUCCUUCAGAACCUCUAGGCUCCCAGUUUGGCAGAGCUCCAGGCAGUCCAUUCUGGCCAGAAAGAAGAGACUCUGCCUGAAGUUUUGGCUUCCUGUUUCCUUCAAGGGGUUGAAGGGAGUUUCUGAACCUGUAUUUUUUUUGGCAGUUUGUAUAUCAUGGUUCCCUCUUAAAGAAUAGAUGUCGCUUGAUAAGUGGUA